CGUGCGCGCUUGUUUCGUCUUCGUUUCGCCGCCAUCAUUACGAAGACGAAAGAGGUUGGUUUUGCUGAUUUCCGCGUGAUAGUGUCGUUGUACGUAACCCAGCACAAAUGAAGAUGGUGGAUAAAAUAGAGAUGAGCCUCGACGAUAUUAUCAAGCAAAAUAAAGGGACCAGACCGCGCGGCGGUGGCGGUAGACGUGGAAGAGGUGCCGGUAAUUCACCUCGCAGAGGUGCACGCAGAACUCAAAGAGUUGGCGGUGGCGUCAUGCGGGGACGCAGCCGUGGUGGCAUUACACGGAGUUCUCUACCGUACACAAGGGGAGACGUAAACAGUGCGUGGAAACAUGAUAUGUUCGACGGGGUUAAAAAGGUUGGCCGAAGUGCAAUAGGUAGCGCAGGAACGACCAAGCUCCUCGUAUCUAACCUGGACUUUGGCGUAUCGGAUUCUGACAUUCAGGAAUUAUUUAGUGAAUUUGGUCCCUUGAAGUCGGCAGCGGUGCAUUAUGAUAGGUCAGGCCGAUCAUUAGGAUCAGCGGAUGUUAUAUUUGAAAGAAGAGCGGACGCUAUUAAAGCGAUGAAACAGUAUAACGGCGUACCAUUAGACGGUCGUGAAAUGAACAUACAAGUUGCUACCUCUGAAAUACCAGUCACGUCUAUCCGUGGAGGUCCGAGACUUACCGGCAGUAAUUAUACACAGAGACCUCAGCCCCGCUUUAGAGGCAAUCGUGGAACAGGAUCCAUUAGGGGACGUGGAACUGGUCGACGUGGUGGCAGAGGAGGCAGCCGGCAAGCAACAAAAACUCCCACUGCCGAAGAGCUAGACGCCGAAUUGGAAGCUUAUGUGAAAGAAGUAAAGUAACAACGUCACAAAACCUUCACACUUUUAAGAUUUUGUUCUGAUCUGACUUAACAUGAUAAAAUGUGUUUCUCUAAUUUCCCAUGAGAAUAUAUAAAAAUUAAGUAUAACUGUAUCACUAGCAAAGUGUUAUAAGAAAUUCCUUUUAAACGAGUCUUUUUUUUUUUUUAUUUUUGACUUUUUCUCUGGAAAUUGGCAUAGAAAAUUUUACAGAUUCGUAAGAAAAGAUGAUUUAUAGGGGUUCAUAAAUUUUUUUAUGAUAAUCGUAACAAAAAUAUGAAAAAAGUUAUAAUGUAAAGACUGUAUAGAUUUGUAUGUACUAUCGUGCGUGUGUGGUUAUCAGAUGAAAAAUACAGUAAAAAAGUUCAUCUUUAAAAGUUGUUGUUUAUCAAAGUACAGAAUGUGCUUCUAGCCCUCUAAUCUAAUUAAUUUUUUCAUUCAUAAUCGAAACUUUUCAAGUAUCCACUUUUUUUUGACAAAUUUAGUUUACAACCUUGUAGAACAUCCUGUUAUAUACUAUGUGUCAAUUACUAUAUGUACUGGUAAUCGUACCUUUGUAAAUUACGUUUACUCGAUUGUUUUUUUACUACGAGUAAUUGAAAACUACCCUCUUGUGCGUAGUUUAUAGCUCGUAGUGGAAUAAGGCUGUGACAUACUGUUAUCUAGUCAAAACUACUAAUGAAAUAUUUUACUGCGCAGUAAAUGGGCUUGUAAGACAAUGUAUACGCUUUUAUUCAUGCAGCGUAUGAAUGGCAAUGCAGUGGUACAAGACUGAAGCAAAGAAACU